UUUCUGCAAACAUCCUUCGCCUCUCGCUCCCCACUCCCACUUUUCAAACAUCCAAAACCCACCGCGCUGCCAAAUUAACCAACAUCCCAAGGAAACACUAUUAUUAUGGCUCCCAGAGAAAGACCCGGAUCCGUUAACCCGGUCUCGAGCUCGAAGGAGAUCCGAUUCAGAGGCGUCAGGAAGCGCCCCUGGGGCCGGUACGCAGCCGAGAUCCGCGACCCGGGGAAGAAGACCCGUGUCUGGCUUGGCACCUUCGACACCGCAGAGGAGGCCGCGCGUGCAUACGACACCGCCGCCCGCGAGUUCCGCGGCGCCAAGGCCAAGACUAACUUCCCCAACCCUUCCUCCACACAACUCGUCCCCAUCACCAACAACUCAACUCGCAGCCCCAGCCAAAGCAGCACCGUGGACUCCUCGUCUCCGCCUCCACCGCAGCCUCCGCCACUUGACCUCACUCUCGGCGGCGUGUCUCAUUUUUCAGCCGCCUCGGCCCAGUUCGGGUUCCCCGUCGUCCCGGCGGCGGCGCGUCCGGUCUUCUUCUUCAACGGGUUCGCGAACAUAAGCGGGAACCACCGCGAUUUUUGCCGGUUCGAUCGGACGGUGGCAGAUUUCCGCCAGAUUGGGGGCGCUGGGGCCCACAGCGACUCCGAUUCUUCCUCCGUCGUUGAUUGUGAUCGUGCUGCAGCUCGAGGACUGCUGGAUCUUGACCUCAACCAACCUCCCCCGCCCGAGGUUGCCUGAUCUCGCCGGAUUUUCAAGAUCGCCGGCGAAGAUCCGAGUUUUCCUAUCGUUUAGCUUCACUGUUGGCCUUUCUUUUCCCUUUUUUUUUGUUUGUGGAUCGGAUCGAAACAGAGAAUGAAUCUUUUAAGAGAAGGCUAAGCUGACGUUGUUGUACGGACGUUAUGAUGAUGACAUAUAUGUACAUAAGAUAACCGAGAUCUCCUUAUUUUUGCAACUGAGAAAUCUAUCAGACUCUCGUCGUUGUUUCUACCAUUAUUGUCAGUAUCAUAUGUUCAAAUCUUAGUGAUGAAAACCAACUAUUUUCUUA